CAAAAAGAACUGGAAAGACCCUGAAGUCUUUGAUCCUGACCGAUUUGAUGAAGACAAUGAGAACAAUGGUCCUAGACCAGGCAUGGCUUGGGUUCCCUUUAGUAGCGGUGCUCGUCAAUGUAUUGGCAUGAAUUUCAGUUUAUAUGAACAGCGCGUCUUGUUAGCUAUGCUUUUGAGAAAGUACAUUUGGACACUGCCUGAAGAUUCUAUCCAUAAGCACGGUGUGAUUAGCUCAGGCAUCAACAUUGUAGGUCCCGUUCAUUUAGAACUUGAAUUUCAAAAGCGAUAUUGAAUAAACCAUGUAACACUUGGCUUGGUUUGAACAUACUGUCAGGCCCAAGAUGAUCACAGCUAGUUCACACAAGACACGAUGUUGGUAUGGCAGUAUAAGAAAACAACCUUUGCCUUAUGAGUUGAUGAGCGGUUAUUCAAAAAACUCAACUAUGAGAAAGAGACCUCGCAUCGAACCAGAUGACUUGCCUCACAAUGACUUCAUAUUAUGUGAUGCCAAGUCACCCACCCAUCAUUUAAAACGAUCCUCAAGUGACAUGACCAUCUAUUAUGAUGCACAGACGGAAUGGGAUUCGCUUGAGAGUCAAGUCGAGAGCCUGUUCAAGUCCAAGUUCUAUGAUUGCCCUUUUGUACCUAACCAACUUGAGUCCAUGAUAGCAGCCAUUGAUGGUCAUGAUGUAUUUCUUGUCUUACCCCUGGGUCCAUUACGCCAUGUAUGCUAUCAGUUACCUGCAGUCUAUCAGGCACAGAAGACCACUGUGGUCAUUGUGCCUACCUUGGUAUUUCUACAAGACUAUCCAUUGAAUACAGAAGCCAUCUUUGUGUCCGACAUCGACAAGAAAGGAUACGUUCCUUUGGAUCAGCUUGAACACCGACUUUUUCAUGAUCCCCCUAGGCUUCUGUACAUCACACAUCAUGAUUUUCGUCUAUCCAAACAGCUCAUGUAUGACCUGUACAGACGCAACCGACUGGCUCGCUUUGUGAUUGAGGAAGCUCAUUGUAUCUCGCCAUGGUGGACUACAGAUGAUUUCUCACUUCAUUAUUCUCGUUUAGCCCAGUCCUUAAGAGAGACCUAUGUCAGCCUACCGAUCACUGCACUAACAGCCAUUCCCAAUACGCGCAUCCAACAUGACAUCCUGACAAGACUCGGUAUGCAUGAUUGUCGCAUCUUUAAAAAGAGUAUUUUAUUAUAAACCAUGUCUUUCACGGUUCAUGACUUCCAUCAUGACCUGAUUACACAUUUUAGCAUAAGGGUUUUCAUUCACAGCCACAUGACGUGCUAAAGGGUUGCCCAGUUUAGCACCCAUCUCAAAGUCUUGCCUUGAUCCUACUAAAUCGCCUUGGUGUCGUUUU